AUGGCGACGUCUCUAUCCCCAUUCGAACAGGACCUGUCGUGUCCUGUGUGCUUUGAAAUCUUUAACGACCCAGUGAUUCUGUCCUGCAGUCACAGUUUCUGUAGGACAUGUCUACAGCGGAGCUGGGAGGAGAAAAUGGAAAGAGAGUGUCCUGUCUGCCGGCGUCGGUCAUCAGAUAAUUAUCUUUCUUCCAACCUGGCUCUGAGGAACACCUGUGAGUCUUACUUGCAGCAGAAGAGAGUGCAGGAUUCAGACCCCCAGAGAUGUUCUCGGCACUUUGAGAAGCUCAGUCUGUUCUGCGAGAAAGAUGAGAAGCUGGUGUGUACACAGUGUGUGUCUGAGGACCAUAAAAAUCACAGUUUCUGCUCCAUCAGUAAAGCUGCCAGCCCACGCAAGGAAAAGCUGAAGACUCAUCUAACAAACAUGGAGGCAAAACUUAAUAUUUUCAAAAAAUUUAAAGACAUCAGUGACCAGACAGCUGGACAUAUUAAGUGUCAGGCCCAGAACACAGAGAGAGGGAUAAAGGAGGAGUUUGAGAAGCUUCACCAGUUCCUCAGAGACGAGGAGGAGGCCACCGUAGCUGCACUGAAAGAGGAAGAAGAGGAGAAGAGCCAGAGGGUGAAGAAGAAGAUUGAACAGCUAGAUAAACAGAUAAUGGAAAUAAGUUCUAGAGUCACAGAAUUAAACAGUAUACUAAAAAAUGAUGCUUUGAUUGUACAGGAUUUUAGGAGGGCAAGUGAAAGAGCUCAGUACAUAGUAGCAGACCCAGAACUUGAGUCAGGAGCUCUGAUGGACGUGGCCAAACACCUGGGGAAUCUGAGUUACAGAGUUUGGAAGAAGAUGAAAAACCUCUGUCCUUACUUUCCAGUGAUUCUGGAUCCGAACAUUGCAAACUCCUCCCUCAGUCUAUCAGCAGAUCUAAGCAGCAUCUCACACUCUGCUGAAAACCCUCAACUUCCAGACAACCCAGAGAGGAUGAGUGGGUAUAAUGGAGUUCUGGGUUCUGAAGGCUUCUCCUCAGGAACUCACAGCUGGGAGGUGGAAGUUGGAAACAGUGAGGAUUGGAUUGUAGGAGUGGCUGAAGAAACAGUCAGCAGGAAGAAAGGCUUUUUAGCACUCCCAGAAAAUGGGUUCUGCUGUAUAUGGAGGUACGCUGAUGAGAUUAGUGCUGGAAUCUCUAAGGAUACAUCUGAAACUCUAAUGACAAAGCCAACCAUUCGGAGAAUCCGUGUCACACUUAAGUGGGAGAAAGGUCUUGUAACUUUUUCCAACACAGAUUAUAACACCGAUUUGUAUACCUUCGCACACACAUUCACUAAGAAGAUGUAUCCAUACUUCUACAACGAAAGUGUGCGCUCCUUAAAAGUUCUACCAAAAGAUAAAUUUUCAUUUUUCAGUAAUUUCAGUUCAGGUUAUAUAAGAUAA